AUGGGUUCUAUCUGUGGAACCACUAAUAAAAGAGUCAUUCCAAAAACCAAGAAGGCGCACCUGGGAUUGAGAUCUGGCCAGACAAUCUCAUCAUAGUCGGUGUUCUAGCAACAAUUAAAUAAGAAAACAUAGGAGAUUAAUCAAAUUCAUAGAUUGGAAAUUUAAGAUGAAGAUCUGGUUACUUGGGAUGAUCCAAUGAAACACUGCACCAAUAUACUUAAGCCAAAAGGUUACAAAGUAGCGAGAAUUCUAAAGACAACAGGUUCAUCAAUUACAGCAGAAGUGUUGGAUGGUUCCGGAACAUAAUUAAUAUUUAAACGUUCUCUUUUUGAUAACUUUGAUAAUGCCUCUAACAACAUAUCAUAUUUGUAUAACAUGAACAAAGUCAGCGCUGAAGGUUUGUUAAGGUUUACUUCAUUAACAAUCAGUUAAUUUGAAUAAACCAAUGUGUAAUUGCGACCAGAGAAAUAACUCUAUGCAAUCGAUAGAAUGAUACCAAAAUACAAUACGUUGAGUGAUUCUCUGGAACAUUUGAAAUUAGAAACUCUAAUGCAAAGUUUACUUAUUUUAGAACAAGUGAGCGAUGCAUUAAAUUAACUACACAAAGAGAAAUUUGCGUAUCGUUUUCUGAGACCCGAAAGCAUCUUAACUAAGGACGGUAAGAAGUUUUUUCUAAGUAACCCAUCAAUUUAAACUAACCAUAAAGAACAAAAAAUCAUCAAACACUUCGUUUAAUAAGAGAGUGAUUACUAUAUCUAUGAUUGCGUGAUUUUUUCAUUGUUAUUUCUAUUUUUGGUUGAUCAUAAAAUUUACACAUUUGAUUCGCUAAUUGAUCUUAGAUUGAAUUAAGGUGACUGGGAAGAAUUAAUUGACAACUAUAAGUAGUCAGUUGCAUCUCAAUUUGAAAAUGAUGUGCCUUAAAUGAUUAUGCAAUUGAUUGAACAAAUGAGUGCCUUUGAUAAAUUUGACAUGCCUAAAAUGAGUGAUAUUAAUCAUGCCAUUAAAAGUGUUCGCCAAAAAGGGAUGCAAACAUAUUUCAAAAAUGACUCACUUGGAGCCUAUUUAUAAUAUCAUAAAGAAAAAACAUUGCCUGAUGCAUCUCCUUGGUUAUACUUCACUAAAGCUAAUCAAAUUCAUCUGUAUAAUUAUGAAACCAAUAAAUUUCAUUUUUUGAAGGUGUAUAGAAAGAAGCAGCCCUUCAGAAUAGAAUCAGAUGUAGUUUAUCAUCCAAAUGAAGAUAAGUUUUUUUUCUUUAGUCAUAAUACCUCUACAUUCUUAUUAAAAGUAUAUGAUGAAUCACAUGACAGAGGUAGCAUCAGUCAGAAGCGAGAAGUUGAAUUAUUUAGAAAUAUCAAGAAUGUUAAGUUUGAAGACCCCUAAUUGUUGGUGAUUAAUUUCUCUAUGGAGGAUGAUGCGAAUUAAGAAUAACCACUAGAAGUAAUCGAGGAUAAAAAAGAAGUGAAAAAGGGCAAUAAGUAGUAAUAACAAUAGUAGAAUGUAUUAGAUUAAGAGCCUAAAUUAUUAUCAAAAAUCAUGGUCAUGAAUUAAUAGUAAUAGGCUGAUGAGGCGACUCAAGAGGUUUAUUUUAAUUCAUUUGAAGUGGCAUUUAAUUUAGAAUUAGUAAAAAACGACAAUGAGGAAGAUGUUUAUAAUUAUGGAGAUGAUGAAUACAUAAGCAAAAAGGUUAUCAAGAUCUAUUAGGGACCCAAGAAUUUUCAAUGGCAUAGGAGUUCUUUUCAUUUCUUUGAUCCACACAACAAUUAUAUUUAUUGCAUACCUGAUUACAAUAAUGUAUUCUAAAAUGGAAUCAGAUAUUGUUAUUAUGAUAUUUCAAAAAGGAAAGGAAAUUUCAAGGAAGGCUUAUUGAGAUUUGCUUGUAGCACGGAUGAAAUAUUCAAGCAAUUUUGUUUACUGAACUUUAAAAUUAAACAUAUCGUAUUUUGCAUAGAAGUUCAACAUGGAGUAUUUUUAAUGUAGGCAUCUAAAAACAUUUUUAUUUUGGAUUUUAAUUUCAGAUGUUUUUAUUCGUUGGCUUCUCUUACAUAAUUACAGAAUUACAAAGAGAACAACAAAUAGAAUCCAAUCUUGCAUCAGAAUGCUUAUGAAACCAGAAAUCAACCUUUUGAAUUGAAGUGCUUGGAUGCUGGAGGACACAACUAUUUAUUCUAGAAUGGAUAUUUGCAUUGUUUAGCCAGAAAGGAGAUAGAGACAGUUCAUUGUGUAUAUAACAUCCUCCCAAAUUAAGCAUGCAUUGAAUUAUUAAAUUGCUAUUCCUUACACACGAAUUAAGAUUUACUGCUCUUCAUUCCUAAAACUCUAAGUUUUGUAGUUAAAGCAUAACAAAAAUAGGUGGAUGAGAGUGUGUUUAGAAGAUAUUCAAAGCAUGUCAGAUAAUAUGGUGUGAUUAAAGACUUAUAUGCAGAUUAGAAUGAAGCGUAUUUAAGUGCAGAGCAUAUGGAAGAAAAACAAAAGGUUUAUUUACACCAGAUCAGAGUUGAGUCUUUGGUUGAAAUUUCGUUGUUGUUCCAAGCAUUUAACAAGAAGAUACAAUCAGAAAUUCUAUUGACUCCUAUUGAAUAUUUUGCAAGUUCAGAAGAAAAAAAUUCCUUUCUUAUGUAUUAUGUUAAUGAGGAAAUUUCAACUACCUUGGAUUCUGAGGUUGAAAAUAGAAAACUUUAUAAAAACACUUUUGAAUCAAAAGAAUUAGCAUUGAUUGUAAAAAUUAUCUUUAAGGCUUUAAAAGAAUUGAAAGAUAAUCAUAUGGAACAUGGAAAUUUAUCAACUAAUAGUUUAUGCUUUACUAAAACUGGAAUUAUUAAAAUGUCAGGUUGGUAUGUAGCUAAUAGGAAGAACUUCUCUACUGAUAUUGAUGAUGCAGUGAAGGUUUUGUAUUGUCUAGCAACUCUUUAGAGAGUGUAAGACAUUGAUAUUAUGGACUUCUCCCAUCCUUUAAUAACAGCCUAUGACGGCCUAGGGGAAUUCUUAAAGUCAACCUACAAACUACCUAAGAAAACACCCUAUAUCAACAUUUUGAAUUCGGCCAUGAAUUUGAGCAAAUAAUUGACAGCAUAGAAUAUUGAUUUCAAUGAAAUGCAAAGUAAGGCCUAGGCUAUUCUAUGGGUUGGCUAUGGUUAAAACUAUAUUAUCAUUACUCCUUUAGAAAAUAUGAAGGAUCCAAGAUUUAUGAAAGUCUGUAUCUUAAAACCAAACUAAACUAAUUUCAAGAUCUCCAAACACUGCAUGUUUACUUUUAACUUUGUGGAUGUUAUCUACAUUUCAGGAGCCCUUAAAGAGGAUAUGAAGACUUAGCAUCUUUAUGAGUGUGCAUAUAAUAAACACAAGGAUACACAGACUGUUACUUUGAAGAGAUUGCCAGACAUCCCAGCUCCCAUCUUGAGUCCGUCCCUAUUGUAUGCUGAGGGAAAGAUAUAUGUGAUUGGAGGCUACGAACUUGGAGAUAACCUUAAUAAAUAGAUUACAGAUAAGGUCUUUGUCUAUACUAUUAAAACCAAAUAGUGGAAACCUUUGAAAAACCUACCUAUCAAUAUCUACGGUGGAACAGCCCUUCAUGAUGAGGACAAAAGUAUGAUCUACUUAUUUGGUGGUGUUUCUAGCGAGAUUGAUUUGACUUCAGAUAAACUUAUUUAUUUUACUUAUGACAUAUUGAAAGAUAAUUGGGAAUUCAACGUUGAUUUGUCAUUUAAAUCCCCAUUUGUAAACUCACGAUUUACAAAGCCUAUUGUUGACAUGGUAAGUCCAAAAUUAUUUGUUUCCUAUUACAAAACUGAAGAAGACUUCUUUGUCGAGGUUUUCGAACUUGUCAAAGCUGGUGUUACUUUGAAGUUUAAAAUUAAGAAUCCUAUCGGCAAAAAGAAAAAUGAGAAGGAGAAUCUAGAAGCCUAUGCUGAAAAAGCACCUAGAGAUUAUGAAAGAACUUUGCAGGAUGAUUUGUCCAUGGCUGUUUAUAAAGAUUCCAUUUAUGUUUUGGAUGAAGAGACAUAGAAUCUCAAUAUUUUCAGAAUCAAAGAUGUGUUUCAUCCUUAAAUCGAUAUCGUUAAAUGUUAAAUAAGAGAUAGCAAUCCUAUAACAAUCCAUUUAGUUUAAUAGGAAGCUUGA